AAAUUUAUACAUUUCUUAUCAGCACUUUAUAUCUGUAAUAACGUCAUACAUGUUACUAUUUACAGAGUAAUUUCAAUUGCUGUCUUAAAAAAUUAUUCAAACAAAAUUAAAUUAUUUGAUUUUUAAAUAAUUAAGGUUAGAGUAAUUUAAUAAUAAAAUUGAAAUAAAAAAAAACAUCAUGCUUGCGUGCAAUGAUUCAGAAUUACUAGAUGCAGUAUGUAAUAUAAAUAAAAUAAAAUCAUUGAAUGUUGCUAUUAAUUCAUCUAUGAAAUCUGGACUACUUGUUGGAGUCGGUGCUACUAUUGGAGGCCUUCUUCUUGGUCCUCGUGGUAUUGCUAUUGGAAGUUUGUUAGGUGGUUUGGGAACUUCUUAUGCGCAGCAUGGAAAUUUUAGAUCUGUUUCUGAUAUUUUAAAAAAUGAUCUCACUCAAGCACAGAGAACAGAUUUGGUAUCGUCAUUACGAAACUUAUUAACAAUGAAAAACGUUAUAACAUUGGCUAUGUUGAUGACAGACAAAGGUCUUCAAGAUUGCAUCUUGAUGCUGAUUCGUACAUUUUUAAAAAAAAUAUUCAAUUAUGAAAUCUGAGAUAUUUAUUUUUUAUAUAAAAGCAUUCAUUUGAUUAAUUGAUGGAUUUUUUUGUAUUCAUACAAAUUAUAACUCAUUUUUUUUCACAUAUGUAAUUUUUUAAUAAAGUCAAUUUGAAUCUCAA